GGAUUGAUCGAUUGAUCGAUUGAUUGAUUGAUUGAUUGAAACUUUUAUUAGUAGAUUGCACAGUACAGUACAUAUUCCGUACAAUUGACCACUAAAUGGUAACACCCCAAUAAGUUUUUCAACUUGUUUAAGUCGGGGUCCACGUUAAUCAAUUCAUGGUAGGAACACAACAAAUAAGCAGCGUUUGGUCAUUUCAACGUGAAAUAAAUUAUAUCGAUACUGCAAUAUUUUCUUAAUUCAUAUCUUGUUUAAAAAUAUAUCGAGAUGUCUUACAAACUCGACAUAUCGCCCAGCCCUAAGUUAGACCCACUAAUCGGCAGUGCGCCUUAUAAUCGAUGCGACCUAUGGUCCGAAAAAAUUUAUUAAUUACUACAUAUCGGUCAAUACUCAAGGUUCCAAUAUUUGUAUCAUAUCUGAAGUGAAAAAGUUGUAUCAGGACACUUAUAUUUGUGAGUAUUAUAUCUCGCCAUCUUGCAGCUUUUACAUCCUUACUACAUCCAUUAGCUUUGUGUGUUGUUAGCUAAAUAUAUAGCGGUUCAGCUAUUAUAACAGCAUGACUGCAAAUUGUUAGUUGUGUCUCUUGAGUAACAAGCCUGAACAGCAAACAAUUUUCUCAGGCCAACACGCAUUUCUUUUAUUCAAUGUGAUAAGUACUUGUGAAAGAUAUUGAAUGUUCUGUUCUGGCUCUCGUUUUUGGCUUAACAAAACUGAACUUUGAACAAGCUGCAAACAGCUUCUUUAACUUUCAACAACAAAAAUCAAUUUUCAAUGUAAGUUGUUCAAUCCCAUUCCCAUUCCCUGUCUGAAUGUGCACCAUACACACAACAUUGCAAAUGUGUAUAUGUACAUCAUUAAGCCCAUGUUUAUUUUCCAGACCAAAGCUGCAGAGAUAAUCCACCAGAGACUUCAUCCCUCCUCUCUGACAUACACACAUCAACAUGAGCCAGAAACAAGCCUGCAUCUUCCUCAAAGGGGCGUCGAGGAGACAAAGAACCCUCACCCACGAGGAGGUAGAAGAGUUACGUGAGGCAUUUGUGGAGUUUGAUAAAGACAAAGAUGGGUUCAUAACCUGUAAAGACUUGGGUAACCUGAUGAGGACCAUGGGUUACAUGCCAACCGAAAUGGAACUGAUACAACUCAGCCAAAACAUCAACAUGAACUUGGGAGGACGAGUGGACUUUGAGGACUUUCUGGAAUUGAUGACCCCCAAACUCUUGGCUGAAACGGCAGGCAUGAUUGGUCUAAAAGAACUCAAAGAAGCUUUCAGAGAGUUUGACAUUGACGGCGAUGGCUGCAUCACUUCCGAUGAGCUGAGGCACGCCAUGGUGAAGUUGCUGGGCGCGCAAACCAGCAAGAAGGAAAUUGACGCGGUGGUGAGGGAAGCUGACCGCAAUGGGGAUGGAACUGUCGACUUUGAGGAGUUUGUGAGAAUGAUGUCACAGAAGUGAGGGCAACAAAGGACUAUGCAUGUCUUUGAAUCAACUUGACCCUUGGUUUGCUCUCAUGAGAUCGGUCAUUUUUACUGCAACAAUUAUUUUUGUUACAAAUGUAUGCACUACAUUUAAUGCAGUUAUAUUUCUCAAGUAUUUAAUUUCAUGUCACCUAGUUUGCCAUGAAACCCUUUAGAGUUUUGUUUUUGUAUGAUGAUGGGUAACACGGACAAUCAUCUCUUUAGAUAUGUCCUCAGAAAAGUAACUUCACUUCACCGUUUGUCUUUUAACUUGUUCUACUAAAUCUACAAUGCUUUAAGUGAAAAAAUUCAAUCGCAGUUUAAAACGAUGCAGAAAAUGCAUGGAGUGAGACAUUUCCCACAUAAAACCCAAUAUCCGCUCACUUGACUGCCGUGCAAUUUACACUCAGCUGUCUGUUUACACGGACACUGUCAAUGCAAAACUUAGUGUGCAAAAGACGCAUACAGUACAUACCUGACAAAUAAUUGCCACUAUUUUUUAACCUCAUGAUUCCGCGCCUACUUGCUCCUACCCCUCCAAACCUUCCUGCUAGCUUGACAUUCUCCUCUGAAUUCGGACCAAUAUUUGCAAUAAAAGUGACUAUUUUUGUGAUUUUGUUAUUACCGGAUUAGAUUCUGCUCCAGAACCCUCCCUACGAAGAAAGCUAACACACUAAAUACUAGAAGCCCAAUCCAAAUUUAAACCCUAAAUGUGCCUCACACAUUAUAAAUUGCAAAAUGUUUCGGUACUUGCCACUAAUGGAUGAUAAUAAAGAGGGGAAUCAGAAUUACUGUUAAUUUGCCUUUUUAUAUGAAAUUAGGUACCUGUAUUUUUUGCGUUUGAAUUUUGUAAACAUUUUUUUAACAUCAAACUAUGCUGACAAUUAAGUGAAAAUAAUUCGGUAGCAAAAUGUGUGCGUUUGAAAAUUCACCGUAAAAAAAUUCAGCCUUUGAAAAGUCAGUGUUUAAAAAUCCAGUAUAAAAAAAAUUCAGUGCAGAAAAAUUUGCUGCGUCACAUUACACAUUAAAAUCUCUGCAUUGGCUCCCCGUGUGUUUCAGGAUCAGUUUUAAGGUUCUUAUGGUUUAUAAAUGUUUUUUAUGGUAUUGGGCCUUCUUAUCUUUCAGAUUUGCUUUUACCGUAUGAACCUUCCCGGGCCCUGAGAUCCUCUGGCGCUCAUGUCCUAAUUAUUCCCAAAGUCAGGACACAGAGUCACAGGAUGGCAUCUUUCCAUCAUUAUGGAACGAUGCCAUAAUGGAACAGCUUUUUAAGGGCAGGCUUAAGACUCACAUUUUUGGUUUGGCUUUUAACUGAUAUUAAUUAUUUUAUUUUAUUAUUUUACUUUUUAUCCUAUUAGUUAUGCAAGAUUUUAUUUUAUUUAUUUAGUGUGUAUAUAUAUAUUUGUUUCUAUUAACCUUCAUAUGUCUUAAUUGUAUUUUAUUCUUUAUCUCUACACAAGGUUCUUACUAUUUUACAAGUUAUAUUAUUUUUAUUUUCCAACGUUCCUCAGCUGAGCCAUCUGCCUCAGGGGUUAUCGGCCGUGCUUGUGGGAGGGCUUUUGUGUCAGCGUCCUGAUGGCCAUAGUCUGAUGACCUCCUGGUGAAGAUGGUUCCUGUGAUAGUGUUUACUCACAUGUCUCCUCUGUACUCAGCCAUGCAAUCAUUGGUCCACAUAGUUACUUAUGUGUGUAUGUUGUUUGUGUUUUUGUUUGGUAUCUGUGCGUACGUAUUAGAUAACAGGGCAUAUGGGUCACCGGGGUAUUGUUUUUAACUUUGUAAAGCACUUUGCGUUGCAUUUCUUUUAUGUAUGAAAAGCUCUUCAGAAAUAAAGCUUGAUGAUGAAAACUCAA